AUGGUUCAUUGCAAGUCCAAAGACAAUGAUAUUGGUGUCCAUGUCCUGAAGCCACACGAGAACAUUCAAUGGAAUUUUCAUUUAAACUUCUUUCAGACGACACAAUUUUAUUGUGCCAUGAAGUGGGGAGAGGAAAAAGUUCACUGGUUUGACAUCUACAUUCCGGACAGAGAUUUCGACCGCUGUAUCAAGUGCUCAUGGGGCGUCAAGCAAAAUGGCCCCUGUUUUUACGAUAAGGCCUCUCGUGCUUUUGAUAUUUGUUACCAGUGGAAUCCUGGGAGAUGA